AUGAGAAAGUUUUUUUUAUGUAAAUGGUUUAUAACAAUUUUUGUUUGUGUCUUAAUUAUAUAUAUGUGCUAUGAAAAUUACAAAACUGCGAGCUUACAGAAUAUAAAAAAGAACAAUUCGAGGACUAAUAUCUUUUCAAAAUCAUCAGAGAAGAUUAUACUAUCGUUUGUGGUAUGUGACUCAAGAUUCAACGAAUCAUUGAAUGUGGUUAAAUCUGUUUUGCUCUUUACUAAGACACCUGUACACUUUGUUAUUUUUACUGACGAAAACUUGCGACAUAAGUUCAAUAAGACAUUGACUGAAUGGAAGAGACUGUCAAAAAACCAGCUUGAUUUUGAACUACAAAAGAUCCAUUUUCCAGAAGCUCAUAGGGAAGAUUGGAUGAAUCUGUUUAGCAAGUGUGCUGCUCAACGGUUAUUUAUACCUAAGCUUGUGCCACAUAUAGACUCAAUGAUAUAUGUAGACACAGAUACAUUGUUCUUAGGUCCAGUUGAUGAGUUAUGGAGUUUCUUUUUGAAGUUUAAUAGUUCUCAUAUAUCAGCAAUGGCACUUGAGGAUGAUAACCCUAAUGUUUCAUGGUAUCCUAGAUUUGCCAAACAUCCUUUUUAUGGAAAGUAUGGUCUAAACUCUGGAGUUAUGUUAAUGAACUUAACUAGAAUGCGAGAUUUUGGUUGGGUUGAUUAUGUCACGCCAAUUAUGCUGAAGUGGAAGUUGUAUAUACCAUGGGGAGAUCAGGAUAUUAUAAACAUAAUAUUUCACUACCACGAGAAUGCGGUAUUGGAGUUGUCGUGUCGGUACAACUACCGCGCGGAUCAGUGUAUGUACGGUGACGCGUGCACCGACGCCACCAGCAGUGGAGUAUUUUUACUGCAUGGUAGCCGACAGGCCUUCCACAACAAUAAGCAACCUGCAUUCCAGGCAAUAUACAAAGCAAUCGACGAAUAUGAAGUGGGCACAGAUCCUUCCCGCUCCCUGUUAAACAGUAUAGAGAAGUACUUCUCCAAAGCGCCGUCUUCAAACUGCGGUAACCUGAAAGAUGCAUUCCUACGUGUACCUAUUAGGACUCUUAAUGAUUUAUAUAGUGUACCGAUCAGAUAG